UCUAUGAUGAUGAGUUACGGUGCUUCAGAAAAUUGUGAGGUUAGGUUUAUUUAUAGUGUUAAAUCUUGUCUGAUACACUACACAGUAAACCAGUAAUUAAAUUAAACGAUUUGGUUCAAGUGUUUAAAUGCAUCAUAUAUCGUGUACUUUAUUUUUAUUAGUGUUCUUGGGAUCUCUACUAGCUUCCCAAGUCGAUGCUAUGGAUAUAAACGACUUUUUUCCGGACAUCCACGGAAACUUAACAAAAAUCACAUGGGCACACGCAGUCAAUAGCCAAACAUACCUGAAAAAUGCUUUAAACAGUUCUGUAAUGAUGCUGGAAGCAGAUGUCAUUUAUGGUAAAAUUAAUGGAAGCGGUGAAUCUAUCCCUAUCAUGGGCCAUCCACCUGCGAUCCAGUCCGAUCUCUCACUCGAGGACUUUCUAACAACAACCUACAAUUUUAAUAAGGACGAAAACAAUCGUGAUGUCCGCAAAGGCGUCAAACUGGAUUUCAAAUCCACCGAAGUUUUUACCAAAUCCAUCGAUCUAAUCAAGCAACUUUAUAAUUCAAUUGAUUAUCCCAUUUGGAUAAAUGCUGACAUUAUCAACGGUCCUCUCAACGCUACGACGGUUCCCGUCGAUGCCAACACAUUUUUAGCUGACGCUAAGGUUUUUAACAAUUCCGUUUUGUCUCUUGGCUGGACGACCACAAAGCCAUCUGACAACAAUCGCUACACUGAUGAACAAAUAAACAAAAUGGUGGACGCGAUUAAGGGCAACGACGUUAAACAAGAUAUAACGUUUGCUGUGAGAGCGGGAAUCGCCGCUCAAAGUCUUGAUCAAAUGAAGCUUUUAAAGGAUGAAGUAAAUAAUUGCACUUUGACCAUUUGGUCGAGCGAAGGAGAUAAUGUGGACGUUCCAAAACUGAGGGAUUUAAUAUUUGAAUACGGGAUCAAGAGGGUUUAUGUUGAUGUUCCCAAGGAUUUGUACGAUCGCUUGGAUUUGGGAAAUUCGGCGGCGUAAAUUGGGGCGUCUCUGGUCACUCCAUUAGUCCUUCUUACUGGGUAUUUUAAUUGUUGCUUUUGAUAGUGGAAAUUUGAUUAAAUAAGCAUUUUUGUUAGCAUUAUUUUUUAAUCUACUCAUCUAAUUUCGCAUUUACCAACUGGAUUUAACCAAUAAUUUUUUAUACAUGAAAAUAAUACAAACAACUCUUGAAAA